UUUUCGCUCGUCACUGGACGUUUUUGUGUUGAAGAAAAAUUUCUGAUUAUUAAUUUAAUUAACAGUGUUUUUCGAAAUGUGUGUUAUAAAUUUUCUCGUUUUACCCCUGUGUACACUCAACAACACAAUUUUGGCACCGUACAUGAUAUAGGUCAUGUUUAUUUACGUGACUGUUGUGAUUCAUUAGAUUUGAGUUGAAAUUUAUGUUUUAUCGGAUGCCCAGUUGAUUUAUCGAGAAAAUGGAUAAAGGCGUGACGUGUGAACAUCUCAAUACACUUGUUAACGUGCUGGAACAGGAAUUAUGGCAGUCAAAAGAGAACCUAGCGUGUUUCGAUUGUGGAUGCCCGGGACCAAAUCUAUGGAUAUGCCUCCAACCUGACUGUCAUCAUAUCGGCUGCUCUGAAGUUAACAAUGACCACAGCACAAAGCACCAAAAGAAUUUACCACUGCAUUGUGUUCAUAUGAACGUAUCCACGGAACGAAUAUGGUGUUACUUGUGCGAGAAAGAGGUCCACAUCAGAGCUGCCUUGACACAGGCCAGGAUGAGCGCAGAUUCAACAACAAUAGAAGAUAUGGCGGUUAGUACAAGGCUAGGGUCGGUUGGUAUCAGUGUGAACGAUGAUGACCUGGAGGUGGAGGACACAGAGUAUGAUGAUGAGCAGCGGCCUAGAGGUCUAGUAGGGCUCCAGAACAUGGGCAACACGUGUUACAUGAACGCUGCGUUACAAGCCCUCAGUAAUACGCAGCCUCUGACGUCAUACUUUAUGGAAUGUGCCGCGGCGGUAUCAGUGCUGGCCGCUGACAAGAAGCCGGGGUUGAGUCGUGCAUACCAAAAAUUAAUAAAAGAGAUGUGGAGCAGGAAGACAAGAGGCUAUGUUGUACCUAAUGGUAUUCUCUACGGGAUACGACAUGUACACCCGAUGUUCCGUGGUUAUCAACAGCAUGACACGCAAGAGUUCUUGCGGUGUUUCAUGGACCAGUUGCACGAAGAAUUGAAAGAGCCGGUAUGGGACAACACGCCGGAAGAUAAGCUAGUGACAGAAUCGGAAGGUGAACCGCAAGAAAAUAGGACGUUGCAUAUACGGCGGAGAGCUGUAUCUUCCGGAGCCAGUGACGCGCCAUACUUCGCGCGCAUGAGACGGAAAUCACCCGCGUCCUACAAUGAGCCCAGACAUGAUGGAUAUUUGAGAAUACGCCAGCAGUCAGAGAGUAUGGGAUCGCGGCACCGACGCUCGGCCAGUUUUGCUGGCACGCACCAUUUCACGUACAACGUGCUCACACAGCAAGUUAAUGGUCCAACAAAAGACUGGAACCAGAGGGAGGCGGGUUCCGAAUCGGAAUUAUCCGGUUCGAGCGAAACCGAAGAACGCUACGAGACGUGUUCUAGCGGGCACAGUGAUGCGCCGGAGUCGUUGCAACAUACCAAAUCAAGUUCAGGAAGCGUGUGCGGUGGUGGUGGGGAUGGGACCAACCGUGGUGUGAGAUACCGUAGUAUCGUGUCCGACGUGUUUGAUGGCAAGCUGCUGUCGUCUGUGCAGUGUCUUAUAUGUAAUAGGGUAUCAACGCGUGUAGAAACCUUCCAGGACCUAUCCCUACCGAUACCUUCAAGGGAACACUUAGCUGUGCUUAGAUGUCAGCAGCCGAUACUUAACCAUCCGCAUGUGUCUCAAGAGAGUUGGCUAUGGUGGCUAGUAAGCUGGCUAAGAUCGUGGUUCUACGGCCCCGUCGUGUCGCUACAAGAUUGUCUCGCGGCUUUCUUCAGUGCGGACGAACUUAAGGGCGAUAAUAUGUAUAGCUGUUCCCGUUGCAACAAACUCCGCAACGGUAUCAAGAUGUCCGGCGUGAUCAAGUUACCGGAAGUGCUGUGUGUGCACCUCAAGCGCUUCCGGCACGAGCUGAUGUUCAGCGCUAAGGUCGCUGCGAGGGUCUCGUUUCCGAUCAACGAUUUGAAUAUGGCGCCGUAUACGCAUAAAGAAUGCACAUCGAAAAUAAGUCGCUACUCCCUCUGCGCGGUUAUAUGCCACGCGGGCACGGCUGGCGGCGGCCAUUACACUUGCAUAGCUCGUGCCAACAACAACAACAACAGCAACAACAACAGCGACGACAACUGGUACACGUUCGACGACGCGGCGAUAUCGCCGGUGCCGGUGCAGCACCUGGCCACGUGCGAGGCGUACGUGCUGUUCUAUAGGAAAGUAAAUCCGCAAAUGGCGAUACUGCGACAGAAGGCGGCGGAAAUAUUGGAGUCGUCGCGGAAUGAGCCCAACGAUAUUAAGUUUUAUAUAUCCAGACAGUGGAUUAAUAAGUUCAACACGUGGGCGGAGCCGGGGCCGAUAGACAACAGCGACUUCGUGUGCUCGCACGGCGGCGUGCGGGCGGAGCGCGCGGCGCACCUGCACGCGCUCGCCGCGCGCCUGCCGCAGCCGCUGUGGGAGUUCCUGCACCGCCAUUUCGGCGGUGGGCCGGCGGUGUCCCACGCCCACGAGUGCGGCACGUGCGUGCGCGCACAGCACAAGCUGCGUGCUAGAAGAGAGACGGAGUUAGCCGCGUUCGCCGAAUUGCACGCUAGCUUCCAGGAACAGGAUCAUCCGCAGUCGAUAUACGCGAUCAGCAUGGCGUGGUUCCGUCAGUGGCAGGCGUUCGUGCGAAACAAGGCGCGCCGCCCACCGCCCCCCGUUGACAACGCGCCCAUACUGCACCAGCAGGAGAUCGACGGCACGAUAAAGUGCACGCUGAAACCGGGCUCCGACCACGCGCAACUCAGCGAGGAACUGUGGCGGUUCUUCAUUGACAUAUACGGCGGCGGGCCAGAAGUGCGGCUUAAAUCACCGCUCGAGUCUCUGCCAGACAACGAGCGGACGAGGAAACUGUCCAGGAAGUACUCGGAAUCCGACAGAGAGGAGUACUGCACGAAAUCCAACUCGGAAAUGAACAUACGUGACUCCGUACACAGUGAAUUGCAAAAGAACCAAUCGUUGCAAAAUAUCAGCAGGCGGUACAGAGUACGCACGGACUCGGACGACGAAGUCAACUACCGACACUCGUUCCUAUAUAAGAAACAUGAACCAAACGGCAACUAUGACUCGGAUGAAGACAUGGCCCUUAACACGAUACGACUGGAAAACGGUAUAGACAGUUCCGAUCACGACGCGCACGAUAUCGUGUGUAAAACGGACUCGGAGCUACCGGCCAACAAGAAGAGACCGGGCAAAGUGAGGAAAAACAAACGGCGGACGGUUAAAUGAUUCCUUCUCGCGUUACAGUUCGUGCAUAGACUGAGGAAGAGCGGACAUUCCUAGUGGUUAAUGGUGCAUUUAUAGUGUUCUGUGCGACUGGUGGUUCUAGUGUAAUGGGCUAUCUUAACAUUGGGCAGCGUUGGCCCAACAAAUGAUUGAUGAUUGCCAUUAAGGCAAUAAGGAUGACCAAUCAUAGACACUUACGCUCUACACUGUCGUGAUUGCCUCAACUCGCCCAACGCUGCCCAUUGUGAAGAGGGCCCAUAAUGUGUGUAUAAGGUGGUGAGAGACUAAAGUGAAAAUCUAAUAUAAUGUAGGUAGGUAGGGUUAUUCUGUUUUGGUGUAUUCGCAAAAUAUUUUGGGCUUGAAUAUAUGAGAGUAAGACUUUUAAAAAUGUUUGUUGUGAAAGUAGAUAGCGAUCUGUGGCCAGAAUAAAUUGUAAGCCUGUGUAAGUGGGAUAAGACAUUUUUAUGGUUUCAUUUUAUUUUUUACAGAAAAGCAUGAAAAACGUUACGAUUUGAAAAGAUUAAGUUGAUUUUUUUUCAUUGCAACUGCGAAACCUAGAUUAGGAUAGAAGUUAUGUAUUCUAUUCCUAAAAUUCUUUAAAUUUCUGGCAUUAUCUGCUAUUUAUUUCAUUUACUAUAUAAAAGUAUGAUUUUCUUUAAUUCUAGAGUUCUGAGAUACUGCAUUUGUUUUUUUAUAGUCUUAUUGACCUUUGACCCUACUAGGAAAUAGUUCAAUUAUUUUAUUUCUAUUUACAAUAGUAUUUUAUACUCUGUACUCUCAACAAUUUUUAAAAAUAUAUGUCUGUUUUAGAGACGUCUACAUUUUUAUCAUAAACAAUUAUUUUUGUUUCAUUUCAAUGCAAGUAAAACUUAUUGGGUUUUCAUAUGUAAAAUAAAAUUAUACAAACGGUAAAUAAUUAGAGCGGUCGUACACAGGCGGUUCGAGCAGUUAACGGCUGAGCGACGUACACGGACUGCUCGAGCGGUCGGUUGUUGACUGCUCGAGCUGUCGCCUGUCGCUACAAACCGCGCAGUUGACGGCUUGAAGCAGUCGCGACGGCUCGAGCAGUCCGUGUACGGCAGAAUGAAUGUCCAUAGUUAACCGCGCGGUCGCGGCUUCAAGCCGUCGGUCUCAACUGCUUGAAGUGGUCCGUGUACGGCCGCC